CCGAGUGCCGACGUUUGCAGUCUAGCAUCGCGUACGAGAUUUGACAACAUGCGCAAGCUAAUAGUGCUGAUACUAGUUGCCUUAAGCGUAAUUUACGCGAAAAACUGCACCAACAAAUCGCCGUUUCCGUUUCAUGAUCUUAAACACUCGAAUCAUUCUAAACGCGUAAACGCAACACUGGAGGCGGUAUUCAAUCGGAAAGGAUUCAAUUUCACCCUGAUGGAAGGCUACUCGUGCCGCAACGCAACGGGCACUGUUUUCUGGUACCACGUGUUGCUGGAUGGAGACACCACCCGAUCGGAGGUGUCCUACCUGGAAGGGGUCAACGGUUCCAAGCGAGGCAGAGUAGAUUAUCUGGUUUAUGAAGCUAACAAAGCGCACUAUGUGUAUCGUUGGAAGAUUGCUACAAUAAAGUGAAGAAUGUGAAUAUUGAAUAUCGAGUCAUA